AUGAAACAAAGGGAAGAAGUAUGUUACAUAAUAAAAUAAUAAGACACCAUAUUUCCGAGAUUGUUAAAAAUUAGGAGGUAUUUAACAAAAGGAUAUUUAUCUAUCUCCUACAAAGGCAGCCACAUAUUUAUAUCUGCUAAAUCAUGUAAGAAAUGCUAAUUUAUUUGAAAGUGUGAUAAAAAUGUUGCCAUGAAAUUUGCAAAAAGACGCAUAUGUAAAUGGGAUACAACAAUCGAAUAGGAUGGACCAGCCACUUGCAGAAUUCUUGUUCCCAUGUAAAAGAAAGAAGUAUUAAUAAAAAUAAUCAUUUAGAAAUGUAUCAAUGGUUGGCAGAACGUUGGUUAUGAAGUAUUUUAUUAAAACAAGGAUACGAUAGCAGAUUAAAAAUAACUGAAUUUAGACUAUGAAAAUGAUGCUAUCUAAUAAUAAUUAGAGAAUAACGAGAAGAUGCUAGGAAAUGAUUUUAAGUAAUAGAUGAAGAAUUUAGCAAAGUUCUAUUAAGAACUAAAUAAAAAAUAUAGGUUAAAUGUAUAGGAUGCUGAUUUUAAAGAGAGAGUAUAAAAAGCUAAGGAAUAAUUAUAAAGAUAAAGAAAUAAACCGUUGCAAUACUUUAAGAAAGAUGGUGUUAAAUAUGUAGAAUUAAUACAUGAACUUAAUUAAGCAGAUAGACGUCAACAUACUUUAUUAGAUAGAUUUAAAGCAUUUAAUCAAUUAAAAGCAUCUUAAUUUAGAAUUAAAGAGAAACUACCUGAAAAACUGUAUAACAAAACAGUUAAUGAAGAAGAUUCAACUCCAAUGAAUAGAAACAAAUUGUUAAAGAAAUCUUGUAAGUUUUUAGGAUAAACAAGUAGAAAUGUUACAGAUACAUUAAAAAUGAAAUUUUAAUUAAAAGACAAAUCGUAUCAUAUGUCUAAACAGUUUGAUAAUUAUACUCCAAGUAUUAUAAAAAUACAAUCAUAAUCAUCAAUUUCAUUUCAUAAAAAGAAUAAAACUGAUAAUGAAGAAUAUUUAGAUUAGUAACUUUAAAGAUUUGCAAAUAGAAUGAUAUAAGCUUAAAGUACUGUUCAAGAAAUAAAUACUGAAAACAUUAACAAAUUAAUUGAAGUAAAUAUUUAAAAAUAAAUUAAAAGAGUAAAUCUAAUUUAAAGUAAUUAUGUUUAAAAAAAAUAAGAUCUAAAGUUGAAUCAACUUAAUCAGAACAUAGAAGUAAAACAGAGAGAUAAGAAUCAGAUUGUAAUGUAUUAUUCACUUCAAGAUCUAGAGAUAAAGAUUCCACAAAAGCAUCUAUUAUUUUUAAAAGAUCUUAUUUGCUUACAUCUUUUACAAAUAAAUCAGAUUGUAUUAAAUGAUAUAUUUAUAUUUAUAAAUAAAACAAUUCAAAUCCAAAUGGUUUAGAAAUUAAUUCAUAAAUAAAUUUUAUUAUUAUUAUUAUUAAUUACAAAUGUACAAUUCAAGAUCCUAAGUCUCAUGUAUAAGAUAAAAUUGAUAAUAUUUAGAUCCUUAAGCAUCACCAUCAAGUGGUAGAAUCUAAAAGAUCUCUGAGAAAUUAUCCACAAUUUAAAUAGGAGUAGAAAAUGAAAGAUUUUAAAAACUUGAAUAAGCUGAAUAGAGAAUUCAAUAAGCAGAAGAUGCUUUUAAUGAAUUUUAAGAAUAGAUCUUUACAAAAUUGAAUGGAUUAAGAGAUUAGGUAUAUAUUGAUAGUAAUGUAAUAUAGUUGGGGAAAUUAUAAAAAUAAGUAGAAGAAGAUAAAUUGGCAAAGGAAUAAGCCAAUGAGACUAAAAAUAGAGAAGUAUAAGCAUUAGAAAAGAAAUUUGAAAAUGCUAUUCAAAAUGAAACAUAGACAAGAAAAGAAGGAGAAACAAAAGUUUUAAGAUUAUUGGAAGAUAAAACAGCAUUAUUGAGAACUGAAGUAUAAAAGGAAACAGCAGGAAGAGUAGAUGCAAUAGAAGGAAUUCAUUAAGGAUUAUAAAAUGAUUUACCAAAAAUAUAAGAAGCCAUAAGAAAUGAGGCUAAUGAAAGAGAUGAAUCUGAUUAGAAUGUAAGUAUUUAUAAUAAUAUAUAUAGGUUAUGAAAUCCAUUACUGACGAGUUAGUAAAGUUAAGUAAUCUUAUCAAUGUUGAAAAAAGAAAUAGAGAUGAAAGUGAAUAAUCAAUAUUUGAAAUGCUUAAAGAUAUUGUUAAUAGAGUCAAAGUUGAAUUAGAUUAAGAAAAGAAAACUAGGUAAAUUCAAAUAUUUAUUAUUUAAAGAGAAUAAUCAGAAGAACAUUUAUUAAGUUUAUUAGAAGAUACUUGUAAUAAACUAAGUAUUGCAGCAAAUCUAUGA